CAGCUGUGGGGAUGACUGUACUCCAGCCAAAGAGCGACAGCCUGCCUCCUAAUUCCACCUCCUACAUUCCCUCCCCACCCCUCCUCUACGUCCCGCAAUUUUAUCUCUUUCCGUUUCCUCCCGACGAAGGCGUAGAGAUGUGUCCACGGGUUCGUCGAACGGGGGUUUCUCGGCUGCCGUCACCGCAAUUUCCUCUCCUCUUCUUUCUUCUCCCUGCUUUUCCCCGAAGGAGCGCGAGGGGCUAGCUGUAAUUGUCUACUUCAUUGCGAGCAGACGUUCUUCGUGUUGUCGGGGUACAGAAAGGUGCAGCAAAAGGGGGCGGCCAAGGGGAAUCAGAAUCAGCCGUUAUCACGCGCUCGCGUUCACCGUUAACGACACGAACGGGAUCGAUUGCACUCCGCGGGCGGGUCGCGGGCGAUCGAACAUCACGACGAUCGACUCGCGCGUGAGAGAAGGUUAGAGAAAUUCGAGAACCGGUACGGCGGAGCCGCCUGUUCGGCUGGCCAACACAACACGAAACGCGAAAGACCUGUCGAAACUUUUGGCCGAGGUUGUACGGCGCGACUUGGCCAAGAAAACAGAAGACAGAUUGUCACGCACAGAAAAUGUUUGAUCCCCAAGAAGUCCCCAGGAAAUUCCCUAGCAAGCAACCAAUCAAAUUGACAUUACGUUUCGUGGUUAUGACGAAAUUCUGCCAGAUGGCGCGCGACCUCCUGUUGAAUUUGCGGUUAUGUUUCCAACGUGACAUAACCUAUCGCGAUUUAAAUGCCGUCGCGGCAUGACUCCGAAAUUGUCUGAAAUUCGCUCGACGAUAUCGUUGUGAUCGAGAUCUCUGCGGAGAUUUAACGAACAUGGGUACCCAACAAAUAUUUCAGCUUCCUCUUAGAUUCAGGGCAACCUUUAAGCUGCUUAAAUUCAAGAUUAAUAAGAUCGGUGUUAAAAUUAGGAGCUACGAGAUGCCCGAGAGGAUUAAAGGCACCAUUCUGGAACGCUGGGUGAAAUAUUGGCAUGAUCUGUAUAUAAAUUACGAGGAAGUCGCGAUUGACGUAGCUAAAGAUUGCAGGGAGCGUCCUGUACGUGCCGCGAUGUACAUUUCACUUCUAGGAGGCUGCUUCUACUCUAAUCGCCACAAUCCGGACGAGACCAUGUUCAGGGAUCAACUGAUACAAAGCAGUAUAAAACUAAUGCAAGUGGGAGAACCCAUACGCAAUCCCGUCUCCGUGCAGCACCUGAAGUGGUUGGAGCAGUGCUACAACGAGGGGCUAAUCAGGAGGCUAAAUUUAGGCGUUAUGUCUCUGAUCUGGUUGGAUAAUUAUAACAAAGAUUGUUCCAUAUACAAGGCGGUCUGCCCUUACCUAAAACCGCGAUAUGAAACCUUUCACGAAAGGAUAGUGGAUAUAGGCUUUCUAGAGAAAUGGUGGCUGCUAGAAAGGAAGAUGAACGACUACGACAUAAACGAGGCCGAAUUCAGUGUUCCUGCUGCGAACAAUACGGGUAUUGUUUCAGCAGCGUGAUAAACUUUAGGAAAAGAUUGUAUUUAUAUUAAAAAAAUAUAUAAAUUUUAUAAGUUUUUGAAAAACGAGUGUAUAUAUUUGUAAAUUAGUAACUAGGAUACAAAACAUCUCAAUAUAAAUUUGUCAACAGCUGUUUCUUGUGAAUAUAUGGGCACGAUUAAUUAUUAGAAUUGAAUAAAUUAAGAGAUCGUAAUAAAUA